GGGGGUGGGUAGAAGGUCAGAGUGAUAACCAGAGGAUUUAUUUACCUCCACCCCCAGCAUUAAAAAGUGUGCUCAGAACCUAGUAGGCGUUCAGGAAAAAUGUGUUGAAUGUUCCCAUGUGAACACUUUAAUGCCAAAGCACAGAGGUGGUAGAAAAAAUCCUGAAUGGACAAAUUAGGCUCCUCCUACCCCAGCAGAGUGGAAAGCUUGGAAGAGAAAUUAAAUAGGGUUGUUAACUUGUCACAAAACAAAUAGGGAUCGUGACCUUAUACACCCAUGGGGUAGACUGCAGUUCAUUCUGCUGCCCAGGGUUGAGGCUUGAGUUUCAUGGGUGACCUCACAAUGUCCAAAGUGAUGCCUGGCCCAUGGCCACAGCCCCAGUCCACCAUGCUGACCACCCUGUGGCUGUUGCUCAGCUUUGCUCUCCCGGUGCUAGGGUUCUAUGUUUCUGUCAGAUGUCCCCAUGGGAAGCAAUGCCAACGGGCCCUACUUUCCAACAAUGAUAUCUUUCUUCACUGCAACUCCUCUGGGGCACAGUGGCACUACUUCUUCCUGCAAGAUGGGACCAACUGGUACAGCCACCCCCGCAGUGUUUCAAACAUAGAAAGAAUGCCUGAAGGCAGCAUUCUCAUUAAAAAUCCAUUGCCAUCCCAGACGGGCAUCUACAACUGCCGGGACAAGAAUGGCCUCCAAGUAGUGCAGUAUGAGAUUGAAUUCCAGGACGUCAGCACCCUGCACAUUACACACAGAGGCCUGGGCCAAAAGCCCCUGCGGAAUGAGACCCUGAGUCUGGGUGGCAAGGAGAUCAUCUUCACCCACUGGGAGCCCUGGCAGGACUGUAACCGCUGCGGGAAGCCGGGUGAGCGCAAACGCCUUGGGUACUGCCAUAUCCAGGAGCCCCUGGAGGAACCCUUGCCCUGCUGGCUCUAUCUGGGAGAUGCUAGGCUGUGGUCCAGCCGCAUGCGGCCUGAGAUGCAGGUGGAAGCCUGCAACGUCCAGUGCAAAACAUCAGAAGGGGCUCACAUCACUUUUGACAACUUCGAGCUCAGUGAGGAGUCAGAAUCUGCAUGGCUUACCUGCCCCUUAGGAUCCAUCUACAGGCCUGUCAUCUGGGAAGCCAAUAACACACCCCUGACCUGGCAAGGCCAGCUCUCCGGCCAGGACGUGAGCACCAUCCUGGACCCCUCCAAUGGUGGGAGACGACUGCAAGUCUUCCAGCCGGCCAUUUACAGGUGCUUCGUGCAGCAGGAGCUCGUGGCUCGAUUCAACCCCAGGCCCAGUCCAGAUGUGCUGGAGAUUCUGCAGAAAGAGGAAGUUGGACAACAGCCGGAGGCAGGGCAGGCCAGGAAGGGGAAGGCCGACACCGUCCUCAAGGGGCUGCAGCUGAUGCUGCUGGUGGGCACCUUCCUGGGCCUGCUUGGGGUGCUGCUCAAGCUCUUCCGCCCUUCACAGAGCAAAAGAAGAAACCAAACGCUGCUGGUGAAAUAAAGCGAGCCUGCAAUGGCCAGGAAACCUGGUCUCUUGUGCCUUAAUUGCCUCAAUUGUCCCUUCCAUAUCCCCUGCCCUGUGCCUGCCCACACCACACUCUGAAUGUGUCUGGGCCAAACAGACCUGUGGCCACAGCGGAAGGUGACUGAGCGCUUCCUUGUUCCAGGUCCUGCUCUGGUAACUCAUUAGCAAUCUCCAUUCCACAGAUGAGGAA